GGCCAACUGCCACUGUGAGGGAGGGAACGGCGGCCACAGGCCGCGGCGCGGGCCGAGGAGACCCGGCGACUCGAAGCUGGCGACGACGCGCGGCCCUACCUGGCCAACUCCCGCAGGGCGGGGAUCAUGGACGCCAGCUCCAGCCCGUGGUCGCCCAUGGUGACACCGAGCGGCUCUCAAAACAGCCGCCGCCGGCGCCGGGCUUCUCCACAGCCGCCUCCGGUGGAGAGGGCGGAGCGUCGACGGAGCCCCGCGAGGUCCAAAAUUCUCCUCCCGGAAGCCGCUCUCGGUUGCGGUUGGAACCCUGGGGAAAUCCCAGAGGCGACAGGGGCGGAGCCGACAGCGGACGUGCCCGCCCACUUUCCCUCCCAGGCGAUGCUUGUGGAUCAAGAUGUAAGCACUCAGCUAAUUCACCAGCGCCAUGCCUGCCUGCCUGUCGCUUUGGUCUCUGCCAUAAUAGUCAUGGAUUCCAACCCUCUGAAACUGUAAGCAAACCCCCAAUAAACUGUUAAUCUCUAA